UAUUUUUUAUUAUCCUUUAUCGGCUUGUUUUCACUGAACGCUGUAUGUAGGCUGACAUCAGAUUUACAGACAUGAUGAGGAGAAAUAACAUAUUACGCUAAGAAGCUGUUUUGAGCCACAUUAUUUAAAAAAAAAACACAUUUUUACUUAUGUGUUUAUUUUUCACAAAGAGUUUUGUUUUGAUGAUACCAGGAUUUGAUUUGUGACCAAGAAGCGACCCUGUUUAAUAUAAAAAGAAGAAGAAGAAGCGAUUUAUGAUUUUAAAAUAGUAUUCCUUUGGUCUCUGGGAUGAAUUUAGUGUGAAACUAAUGGUGCAUCGACGGCUCCUGCCUUCCUUCAGGCUGAACACUUAGAGCAGAGACGACACCCAGACUGCUCCGCUUUCCCAGCAGCGAUGGACAACGCUCACACUAAAACGGUGGAGGAGGUUUUGGGCUUCUUCAGUGUCAAUGAAUCCACAGGUCUGAGCUGUGAGCAGCUCAAGAAGAACAGAGAGAAGUGGGGACCCAACGAAUUGCCUGCAGAAGAAGGAAAGUCACUUUGGGAGCUGGUUCUGGAGCAGUUUGAAGAUCUGCUGGUUCGAAUCCUGCUGCUGGCUGCAUGCAUCUCUUUUACCCUGGCGUGGUUUGAAGAAGGGGAGGGGACCAUCACUGCGUUCGUUGAACCCUUCGUCAUCCUCCUCAUCCUGAUUGCCAACGCUAUCGUUGGGGUGUGGCAGGAAAGAAACGCAGAGAACGCCAUUGAAGCUUUAAAGGAGUACGAGCCUGAAAUGGGAAAAGUUUACAGGCAGGACAAGAAAAGCGUCCAGAGAGUCCGAGCCAGAGACAUCGUUCCUGGAGACAUCGUCGAAGUUGCUGUCGGUGAUAAAGUUCCUGCUGACAUCAGGUUAGCGUCCAUCCGCUCCACCACGCUCAGAGUGGACCAGUCCAUUCUGACGGGAGAGUCCGUCUCCGUCCUGAAACACACCGACCCGGUACCAGACCCCAGAGCAGUCAAUCAGGACAAGAAGAACAUGCUGUUCUCUGGUACAAACAUCGCGGCUGGUCGGGCCAUCGGGGUCGCCGUGGCAACGGGGGUGCAGACAGAGAUCGGGAAAAUCCGGGAUGAGAUGGCCUCCACCGACCCUGAAAGAACCCCUCUGCAGCAGAAACUGGACCAGUUUGGGGAGCAGCUGUCAAAGGUCAUCAGCGUUAUUUGCGUGGCUGUGUGGGCCAUUAACGUCGGACACUUCAGCGACCCGGUUCACGGAGGCAGCUGGCUCAGAGGAGCCAUUUACUAUUUCAAGAUCGCUGUUGCGUUGGCUGUAGCUGCCAUUCCAGAAGGUCUUCCAGCUGUCAUCACUACAUGCCUGGCGCUAGGUACUCGAAGGAUGGCCAGGAAAAAUGCUAUCGUCCGCAGCCUGCCGUCAGUGGAGACGCUGGGAUGCACCUCUGUUAUAUGCUCAGACAAAACAGGAACUCUGACUACCAACCAGAUGUCUGUGUGCAGGAUGUUCAUAAUAGAGAGUGCAUCAGAGGAGCGUUGCAGCCUGAACGAGUUCACUGUGACUGGAUCUACUUAUGCCCCAGAGGGGGAAGUUUACAAGGACGGCUCAGUGGUGAAAUGCAGUCAGUAUGAUGGCCUGGUGGAGAUGGCCACCAUCUGUGCUCUGUGCAAUGACUCAUCCCUAGACUACAAUGAGGCGAAGGGUGUGUAUGAGAAAGUUGGUGAGGCGACAGAGACUGCCCUCUGCUGUCUGGUGGAGAAAAUGAACGUGUUUGAUGUGGAUCUGAAAGGACUGAGCCGUGCUGAGAGAGCUACAGCCUGUUGUUCUGUGAUUAAACAGCUGAUGAAGAAGGAUUUGACACUGGAGUUUUCCAGAGACAGGAAGUCCAUGUCCGUUUUCUGUUUCUCCAACAAACACAGCCAGUCUGCCUCCGGAGCCAAGAUGUUUGUAAAGGGCGCUCCAGAGAGCCUGUUGGAGCGCUGCAACCACGUCCGUGUCAGUGGUUCCGGUCGUGUUCCUCUGAGCCCGGCUGUUCGAGAGCAGCUCCAGUCCACCAUACGGGGCUGGGGUUCUGGACGGGACACGCUGCGCUGCCUCGCCAUGGCAACCAGGGACUCGCCGCCUGAAAUUCGCUCCCUCAACCUGGAGAACACGGCAACCUUCACUGACUAUGAGUCGGACCUGACCUUCGUGGGCUGUGUGGGGAUGCUGGACCCCCCGAGGAAGGAGGUCCGCGGAGCUGUUCAGAUGUGUCGACAGGCCGGCAUCCGGGUCAUCAUGAUCACAGGGGACAACAAGGGGACGGCGCUGUCCAUCUGCAGGAGAGUGGGCAUCAUCACCGAGCAGGAGGAGGAGCAGCAGGAGGCCGUGGGCGGGUUCGGCGGCCUGACGGGUCGAGAGUUUGAUGAGUUGCCCCCUGACCUUCAGCGCCAGGUCUGCCGGACGGCGCGGUGCUUCGCCCGGGUGGAGCCAGCCCACAAAAGCCGCAUCGUGGAAUAUCUGCAGAGCCUGAGCGACAUCACUGCCAUGACGGGGGAUGGAGUCAACGAUGCGCCGGCUCUGAAGAAAGCAGAGAUCGGCAUCGCGAUGGGCAGCGGCACGGCCGUAGCCAAGUCGGCCUCAGAGAUGAUCCUAGCCGACGAUAACUUCUCCACCAUCGUGGCGGCGGUGGAGGAAGGCCGAGCCAUUUACAACAACAUGAAGCAGUUCAUCCGAUACCUCAUAUCGUCCAACAUCGGAGAAGUGGUCUGUAUUUUCCUGGCCGCUGCACUGGGCAUGCCCGAAGCGCUGAUCCCGGUCCAGCUGCUGUGGGUCAACCUGGUCACCGACGGUUUCCCAGCAACAGCACUGGGAUUCAACCCGCCGGACUUGGACAUCAUGUCUCGUCCUCCGCGCUCUGCCAAAGAGCCGCUCAUCUCCAGCUGGUUGUUCUGCCGCUACCUCAUCAUCGGAUGUUAUGUGGGAGCUGCCACCGUCGGAGCUGCAGCCUGGUGGUUCAUGGCGGCUCACGACGGCCCGAAACUUUCCUUCUACCAGCUGUCCCAUUACCUGCAGUGCAGUGAAGAUCACGCCAAGUUUAGCGGUGUGCAGUGUUCGGUGUUUGAGUCGCCGUAUCCCAUGACGAUGGCGCUGUCUGUGCUGGUUACCAUAGAGAUGUGCAACGCCUUGAACAGCCUGUCAGAGAACCAGUCCCUGCUGAAAAUGCCUCCGUGGUCCAACCCGUGGUUGGUGGGCGCCAUCUGCCUCUCCAUGGCGCUUCACUUCCUCAUCCUCUACGUCGACCCGCUGCCAGUGAUUUUCCAGAUCCGGCCGCUGUCCUGGACCCAGUGGGUCGUGGUUCUGAAGCUGUCGCUGCCCGUCAUCCUGAUGGACGAGGCGCUCAAGUUCUUGGCCCGCAACUACAUCGAGCCGGGAAACCAGUCAGUGGAGGAGGAGGAGCUGCAGAGGUCAUGGGUCGGCAUGGGGCUGGUCGGUUCGAUCCCGUCGAGGCUUCGCCACGCGCUGAAGGAUAUCUCCUGGUUGUUCGUUCUGAUUUCGGCGCCGCUGGUGAUCUGGAUCUUCAGCCUGGACUCCGACAUCAACAAUAUCUUCUGGGAGUGA